AUGGGCGCCGGUCGUCGAGGCCCUCAGGGACGGCACCCAGACGGUAGGAUCCUGCUCCGCAAGGGUGGACUGCGCGAACCCGUGUUCCGUCCGGCAGACAGCUCCUUCCUGCUGUUCCCCACCGCCUUCCACACCGAGGACGACCUCCUCCGGCCCCACGCCAAGGAGCGCUACAGAGCGGCCCUGGCAUACGACCCUCGCAGCGCCCGCCACCUGGAGCUGGCCACGGGUGCGGUGCUGACGGGGGCCUGGACCACCGCGGACCCCGCCGUCCUGCAGCUGCUGGCCGACUUCCACAUCUGGGCGCCGCGCUUCCUGGAUGCCCGGCUGAGGUGGCGGCCGCGCCAGCCCAUCACCGUCCUGGAGCUGCGCGCCUUCCGGCUGGCCACCCCCGCCCGCCUGUCCACCGCCGGCCCCGACGUCUUCGGCUGCUUCUCCUGGCUGCGCGACGCGCCCGGCGCGCCCCAGGGCUGGCUCCCCUCCAGCACCCCCGCCCUGGACGACGUGGCCUUUGCGGCGCGGCAGCUGCGCUGCCGCCGCCUCCUGUCGGCGCUCGCGGCCGACGAAAUCUGCGGGGACCUGGUGCAGCCAGGGACGCUGGGCGCGCUGUAA